AUGGGAAUCAUACCUCACUCACUCACCACGCUUGCCAAAGGCCUCAGCUUCGAAUCCCGCACCAUUGGCAUCCUUCGAGAGCAUCUUUCCAUCUCUUGCCGCCAUGUUGGAGGUCGUGGUGAUGGCGGCAUCGACCUCUUGGGCUGGUGGUGGCUACCACACGAAUGUCUGAGCCAUGCAGCGUACCAGGACUCAUCAAACCCUGUGGAGAACAGGCCAGCCCGCACGCCGCUCCGCAUCUUCGCCCAGUGCAAGGCCGAAGAGAAGAAAAUUGGACCACGCUACGUACGCGAGUUCGAAGGCACUAUCUUACGCAACUGCCUAUCACAGACAGCGGGCGAAUCAGGUGGAUCCGUCACAGGUCUCUCCAGGAAUGCCGCCGUGGGCGUAUUCGCCUCCACUUCGCCGUUCACGAAGGCAUCUCUUCUUCAAGCGUACUCGUCGCCUUUACCUCUUGUUCUCUUGUAUCUUCCUAAUGCCCCCGUGUCUGUAUCAAACGUGGAGUCCGGAAGCAGUCCUCUGGGCGCUCUUGUCUUCAAUCCAGCUUUGAACGGAGCGAGCGGCUUGCUCCGGGACACCGUAGAGGCCCGAUGGGAGCGUCUUCGGGAGUCCGAGGAGGGACGACCAAGGUUGUGGUACAACGGCCGGCCUCUAGAAAGUUGGACGCCGGAUGAAAACUUCGAAGGCAUACCAGAAAGGCUUGAUUAGUCUACGAAGCAAUCUUGUGUACAUCGCGGCCUGAUGUCAACACGGGAUGCUAUCCCUUUCUGCUAUAUCACUUAUUUCGCUGAUGUAAAUGGUUGUGAACAUCGAAUUAUCCGCCCACACCGUAUCGCGUUCACUGCCUAACCGCCUCAGGUCGAGCAGUACGUGGGAACCCUAGCGGUAAUCACUGACCAAGCCGACAAUGUCCAACUUGUCAUCAAUCCUCAGUGUCGGAGUUAGCGGUGUUGCACGAAGCAGAACGUACAAAUAUGCAGCUCCGGAAAGCGCAUUCCUCGCCGCGGACGUGUAGACCAAGGUGUUCAACACCAUAACCGCUGCGAAUAUUAACGCCCAGGUUCCGUCCCGCACGAUUGUAUCCAGUAUCGGUCUCCGGCCAAGUCCCUCUCCGCGGCUUUGUUUGAACUUCGCGAUAGUCAUCGC